AUGGCUCCAACACCCAACCUUCUAUCAAACACACUAUCCGCUCGUCAAUCCACCUCAGACCAAUCCAACAACAACUCCUCCAUUCCCGUCGCAGCCGCAAUUGCACCCAUCAUCAUCGGCAUCGCGGUAUUCUUCUUCAUCUGCGCAUUCUGUCUACGACGACGGUCAAGAAAUGCAGCUACACAGAACGCGGCAACGACGAGUUCAUCAGCCAAUAACUCCCUCGCAUUGAGGAGAUAUGGCAAUAAUAAUAAUGGAGGGGUGGUGAGGAAUGAUACGCAGAAUGGGGAGGAUGGUCCGCCGGCGUAUACGUCGAUACCGUUGCCGCCGCCAGCAUAUAUGCCUGAUCAGCCUCCGUCGAAUCAUACGAGGAUGGAUUCGGAUGGGGAACGAGAGCCGGUGCAUGGUGAGAAUGACGAUACAACUGUUCGAAGAGACGAAGAAGCAACAGAGGAAGGAAAAGAGCCGGAGCAUACGAAUUGA